AUGCCUGACGUUGAAUCGGUCUUGAGAUGUAUAGGCAAAUGGAAAUACUUGAUAGUGUUUGACUUGCAAAGUGUCUUUUAUCAAAUUCCACUAUCAAAUGAUUCACUUAAGUACUGCGGUGUGGCUACACCAUACAGAGGAGUUAGAGUUUAUACCAGAUGUGCAAUGGGUAUGCCGGGUUCGGAGACAGCCCUGGAAGAAUUAAUGUGCCGCAUCCUUGGCGACUUGUUACAAGAGGGCAUAGUGUGUAAGCUUGCGGAUGAUCUAUAUUGUGGGGGAGACACCCCGGAACAGUUACUCCACAACUGGCAACGUGUAUUGACGGCUUUGGAAAAGUGUAACAUGAAACUAGCACCAUCUAAGACUGUCAUUUGUCCAAAAACAACGAACAUUCUAGGUUGGGUGUGGUCUGAAGGAAAGCUGUCAGCUAGUCCUCAUAGAAUUUCUACACUAGUAUCGUGUCAACCUCCUGAGACAGUCCAUGGGGUGCGGUCAUUCAUUGGAGCGUACAAAGUUUUAAGCAGAGUUAUGCCUCAGUGUUCUAUGUAUGUGUCACCAUUGGAUGAUUUGACAGCAGGUCGUGCUUCACAAGAGAAGAUACAAUGGAAUGAUGAAUUCCUUGAAUAUUUCAACAGGGCGAAAAAUGCUUUGAAGAACCAUAGUAUUGGUGCAUCUGUGAAACAUUUCAGUCCAUACCUUAUCCAGUCAAGUAAAACUGCGUGCGUACUGACAGACAGUCAGCCAUGUGUACAAGCCAUUCAGAAGCUCUAUCGGGGUGAAUUUUCUGCUAGUCCCAGAGUUACGUCAUUUCUGUCUAUUGUGAGUAGGUACCAAGUUUCAGUGAAACAUUUAGCUGGUUCUGCGAAUGUGCCCUCUGACUUUGCAAGCAGAAAUGCACCGGAAUGUACUGAAGAAAAAUGUCAGAUAUGUACAUUUAUUCAGGUUAUGGAAGAUUCCGUUGUGCGGUCAAUCAAGGUAGAUGAUAUUUUAAAUGAAACAUCACGCUUACCAUUUACUACCAGAUCAGCAUGGAGAGAUAUCCAAGCUGAUUGCCCAGAUUUACGCCGCGUACAUUCACAUCUUAAACAGGGUACUCGCCCCUCCAAAAAGGUAACAAAUGUUAAAGACGUCAAAAGGUAUUUGCAAGUCGCUACAAUAUCUAAAGACAAUGUACUGGUUGUCAAGCGCUCAAUUCCUUUGUUACCCGAUAAAGAACAGAUAAUCGUACCACGAUCAGUUCUAGACGGAUUACUGACUGCCAUUCAUAUUAAACUAGAUCACCCAACCAAACAUCAGUUGGAAAUGAUUGUUAAACGCUACUUCUUUGGACUUGACAUGAAUAAAACCAUUGAACGAGUCACAAAUUCUUGCCACAUAUGUGCCUCGAUCAAAAAGUUUCCAAAGGCUUUAGUCGAUCAGUCGAGUGGUGACCCUCCAGAUUCGAUCGGAAUAUCAUUCGCUGCUGACAUUUUGAAACGAAGUAGACAAUGUAUUUUUGUUUUACGUGAAACUGUUACUUCAUAUACAAAGGCAGUUAUCAUAGACAAUGAACAACAAGGUACUUUAAGGGAAGCGUUAAUUUGUUCGAGUACUGAUAUGCAUCCAAUUCAUGGACCUCCUGCAGUUAUCAGAGUCGAUCCAGCUCCGGCAUUUAUUGCUCUUCGUGAUGAUGAAGGUUUAAAACAGGCUAACAUUACAUUAGAUGUCGGUCGUGUUAAAAAUGUAAACAAAACUCCUGUUGCAGAGAAAGCUAUAGCAGAACUCGAAGAUGAACUCAUUACAUUAAAAUAUUUGUAG